CCACCGGGUGUGAAAUCCUGACCGAAAAAGACAAUAAAUAUUCGGUUGAAAAACAAAUUGGACUGUUUACAAACGUGCGCGCGCUCUAGUGUAGUCAAGCUGCAGCGCAAAGCAAGAACACUAUCUCCCAGAAUGCUUUGUGUUGCCCUACGCCUGCGUCAGCAGCGCGACGAAAAUCUGUAGCCAAACAAACCGAACACGGGUAGCUGUAAUAUAGUUUAACAAUGGAGUCGGAUCAGACAAAAGACAACUGUGCUCCCACCCAGCCAACACCAGCACCUCCCUCCCAGUCAAAGAAACCAAGUCAGGCUCUGUACGUCCCCAAGCAACGACUUCAAGGCUCCAAAGACAAACCUCAGACUCAGGGAGAAGCUAAACCGAGACCCAGACCUCGCUACACAGACAAGGCAAGAAAAAACGCCAAGAACAAGAAGAGCAAGGCUGGAGCAGGGGAUAAGGAGGCUCCUGUUGGAGGAGAGGAUGGAGGAGAGACACAGAAUGGUGAUCCUGAUGUAAAGGAAGAGCGGUUACAAGACACAGAUAUGCAGGUUAAUGGGCAGCCAGACUCAGCCGAUGUGGAGGCAGAUGUUACCUCACGGCUGGAAGAAACAGCCGCUCAGGAAGAGGAGGAGGACAGUUGGGACACCUUGUUCAAUGAUGAUGGAGAUUGUCUGGAUCCGCACCUACUUGAAGAGUUGGCUGUGAAGGAGGGUAAAAAGAAGGAGUCAAUCCAGGAGCCCAGGUUUAAUUACUACAACAUGGACCGAGAUGACGAUGACGACAUCGACCUCACGGAGGAUGAACUUGCUCACAUUGUAGAGAUCUACGACUUCCCUGUCGAGUUUAAGACGGAGGACCUUCUCAAGUUAUUUCAGUGCUACCAACAGAGAGGCUUUGACAUUAAAUGGAUUGAUGACAAACACGCCCUGGGCCUCUUUUCAAGCCCCAUUGCAGCUCGUGAAGCUUUAAGAUCCAGACAUCCACUGAUGAAGCUGCGACCACUCUCCAAAUCCUCCUCUGCCACUAAGGCCAAAGCUCGUAGCUGCUCAGACUACCUCCUGCCUGCUAAAGAGAGACCUCAGACGAGUGCGGCACUGGCUCGCAAGCUUGUGAUCGGUGCCCUCGGUGUGAAGAGCAACCUGACAAAAGAGCAGCGCGAGGCAGAAAGGAAGAAGCUCCAGGAGGCGAGAGAACAAAAGCGGCUGGCAGCCAAACAGAAGGAGGAUGCUUGGGAGGGGAAGUGACUAAACAGAAAGCUACUGUUUUAUUUUGUAUUUUUUUUAGAAUCCUUGAUUCAGCAGAGGCUAAAGUCUUCUCCAUUUCCUCUCCUGCUCUGUUUUUGUCAAAUGGCCACUCCUUCCUUCCACCACACUUCCCAGAAGUGGAUUCCAACCAUUUCUCCUUCUUUCUGCCACAGUCCUUCUUUUUGCCUGCAGAGUUACAUCAGAUGAGAUUGUCCUGCUGUUGAUCUCCCACCCUUAUCUUCAUAGUCUGUCCAUGUUGCCUCUGUGCCAUGGCCGAGCUAACACAACAGACUCACCUGUACCACAGUAACCACAGUCGUGAAGCACUGAGUCUAACCGUUUGUCGAACCCAACUAAAUACAUCUAAUGCUUCGUGUUUGUUUUUAUAUGAAUUUUUUAUGCUUUUAAAUCUGACCCAAGGAAAUCCACGUGUUUAUGUGAGGGAAGCAAAGUUUUUUUUGUGAUAUGUCCCGUAACACAUAUAUAUAUAUUUAUAUAUAUAUAUAUAUAUAUAUAUAUAUAUAUUUAUAUAUAUAUAAAAUAUAACUCACUCACGCUGAUUCAGUACAUCAUUAAACCCUAUGUGAAGACAUUGUUGAGAUCCCAUUAGCUCGUCUAUUAAACAUUUUCUGAGAAGUGAAAAGCCUCUAAAAAAAGCUGGUGCUGUUGUUCUUGUCUAGCUUCAUGGCUAUUCUGUCUGUGUUUUGUGUUGUGUGCUCGUCUGUACACAUUUUCAACAAGAGAAGUCUUGUUCAAAUGGGACUAAUGAUGAUGAUUAUGAUGAGGAUAAUAUGGUUAUUCAAUCUAAGGAACAAACUUUAGCUGAAUAAGCUUGUAGUUGACAGGUAGCUUGUUAGCCAGUAAGAAAUACGCAUUUUGGGGGUUUGUUGGGAGAAAAAGUGUUAUUGUGAACACUGAAACUCUCGAGGAGUCCUACCUCAAUGGUGUGUAGGCUAAUGUAUCCAUCUUAUAUUGACGAAACAUUCUUUUGAGGCUAAAACAGAUUUACCUUUUCAAAACAUUGUGAAUAACAUUGUAUCUGGUGCUAGUAUAUUUGAAAACUACGUCCUGAAUAAUAAGUAGUAUGGACUCUGCACAGCAACAGAUCUAAGGUCAGUAAAUGUGAGUGAUACUCAUGAGCAGAUAUUGUAUUUUUGUGAACUAACUUUUUGAUCAAUGGAAGUUCAGCUGCAAGUCUAGUUUGGUGACAUGUCUCCACUCCAGCUGAAGUAUUACACAAUGUAUUAGUUGAGGAAGUUCGGAAAUGUUCUUGAAUGUUCCUCAACUUUUCUUUUUUUUCUAUGUUCCUGGAAAGUCGAUAUUUCCGACUUUUCAACUAGAGAGAAAGACUGUUUGCUUAAUUCCUGGUCAGCUUCCUGAAACACAUACACACAUCCAGGCUCAGGAGACUUUAGUUACAGCUGGAGGCAGCUGCCUCUUCUGAGGCUUCACCCAGCCAACCACAAACCAUGUGACUCUGCGUCUCCUUCACCUCCUCAGCCAAUAAUUAAGUCUUAUUCUCCUGCCUGGAGAAAGCUGCACAUUUGCCACUUGUUAUACCACAAAUUAAAUCAACUCAUAUCUUCAAAAUACAAUUUGCUGUUAACUUAUGGCCUCACUCGCUGCUACCUGUCAGUGGAUAUGUGGUGCAACAGAGUGCUGAGUGCAUAAAUGUUAGACAAUGUGAUCAUUAGAGUAUGUGUGUCAAAUUCGACUCUACCAGCACAGCAUAUCCAUGCUUCAGUGCAGUUCAUUACAGCUGUGAGGAGCCCCGUUUGUGUAACAGUUCAGAUCAUUGCCUGAAGGCGACAGAGACACAGUGCCACGUGGCUCAUGGUGGGCUAAUUAAAGUGCUGCAGCCUCAGAUGAGGCACCAUUACAUGUUCUGCUUUUUUCAUCUCUUUUUAAAUCAGUGGUUCACAGUGAGCGUGAUAAGUUAAUAUUCACACUAUUCAAAUACAUCUCUGCAGGUAUUAAUCUCUUUCCAAAGUUUCCUUGUUUCCAAAGAUGUAUUUACAGUAGGAGUGAUGGAAUUAUUUAUAGUCAGCACAUCAAAUACAUUGUUGAGGCUGAUGAAUAUGAGUUUUACAGCAUGUGUUUCAGGUGUUUUAGGCCGGACAUGAAGCAGGGAAUAUUAACUAGUGAGAGAAAUACUGUUUUAUUCAAUAGGGAAGGUAUUACAAAAUGUGAUGUAACGUUUGUUAACGUUUUCAGGAACAUUAUAAAGGUAAAUAUGCUAACAAGAUGAAAGUAUUUUUUUAUUUUGAUUUUUACUACUUCUAUGACAUUGAGUUAUUAAUGGUUUAGUGUGACUCACUCAUACUGUCAUUUAUUUAACCUGCUGAUGUCUGAUCACCAAAUUCUCUUCUGAAGUCAAAACAGUAGAUACAAGAUGUAUUUAAUGUUGAUUUGUCAUCACUCUUUCUGGUGUUCAUGUUGUGAUUUAUUAAACCCUUUUCUUCUUA